AUGGGGCCGGCAACCUUUGCAGGUGGUUGGUGGUUCCUGAUUGCAUACACAGCGGUGGUUUACCUGAUAUCCAUCGAGUAUUCACGAUUGAUCGCUGGUGUCUUGGAGCCUCCACCUGUCAGGGCCCAGCGCUGGGCUUUGUUCUUCGUCAGUGCCUCCAUCCUGCUUGCUGCUCACUGCCGAGUGCUGACUGGUAUCUUCGAAUGUGCCGCAGUCACUCUACUGGUUCUGCUCUUGCUGUUGCAAGGCUCGUCGGCAAUGAUUUCCGUUCGAAGGGCAACAUGA